AUGGCAAAGCAGCCAACCGCAACCGCAGAGAAAGUUCAACCUUAUACAUACGACCAUAGGGUGUGGAAAACAGGGCUUCCCGUCCGCUCAGCCGUACUUAAGCCACACGCCGGUGAGUUAGUAGUUGGGUGGGUGACCACCAGCGAAUCCUCACUGUUGUAUGUUUUUGUAUUUUUCCUCUCUGUUCAGAAGGGGGAUUGA